CACCACACAGAAGCUUUCUGAAUUUUGUUUCAUGGGCUAAUUUAAUGCAUUUUCAUUAAACGUUUUGUUGAUAUACACAUCUACGAGAUCAAACCACUCUCGUGUUUCCUUGUUCUGUUUUGUCCAAUUUCUCUUAAAUGAGUUUUUUUCCCCAUUAAGAGUGUAACAUUUUGGAUCAUCUUCGUCGGAUUGUACGAUAAUUUUUACGGGGAAAAGGAUAAAACUUUGUCUUCCUUGUUUUCUAUUUGGGCUCUGUUUCCUGUUUUCUGGUGAGUAAUAAGUUCUUUUGAUCCAAUGGCUGCGGUCACUGAGAAGCCCACCACUGAUGUUGUUGUGGACGAUGCUCAUGAAAUUAAUAUCAAAAGUGAUGGUGAAAAGAUCAUCUCUGAGGGAAUGGAGAAGACCUCGAUCAUCGAGGCUAAAAUAGAGCUGAAACCCAAAUCAGAGUUGGAUAUGCAGACGCUUGUGGCCAUGUUCAAGAAACUGAAUCCAUUGGCCAAGGAGUUUUUCCCUUCUUACUAUAACCCCAAGAAGAACAAUCAGGUGGGAAAAGCUAAUCACUUUCUCUCUGCUGACGAUUUUGUCAUCACCAAGAAGCAAUCAGGUGAAGAAUUUGAUCCUGAUGCCAAAAAGGACGACAAUAUCAGGAAGAGAAGAAACUAUAGCCAAGGGAGGAGGAGGUUAACUGGGAGGAUUUCUAAGGCUCAAAGAGAGGAUAGUAUUAGGAGAACAGUAUAUGUUUCUGACAUUGACCAGAGUGUGACCGAGGAGGGUCUUGCUGCCUUGUUUAGUAACUGUGGACAAGUUGUUGACUGUCGAAUCUGUGGUGAUCCACAUUCAGUUCUUCGAUUUGCGUUUGUUGAGUUUGCUGAUGACCAGGGGGCACGGGAAGCUUUAAGCCUUGGUGGAACAAUGCUUGGGUUCUACCCGGUGAGGGUCUUACCCUCAAAAACUGCUAUUCUCCCAGUGAACCCCACUUUUCUUCCCAGGUCGGAAGAUGAAAGGGAGAUGUGCUCAAGGACAAUCUACUGCACAAAUAUUGACAAGAAGGUUUCUCAAGCUGAUGUGAGAAGCUUCUUUGAGUCAGCAUGUGGUGAAGUAACCCGUCUGAGGCUUCUUGGUGAUCAGUUGCAUUCUACUCGCAUAGCUUUUGUUGAAUUUGCUCUGGCAGAUAGUGCACUUAGGGCCCUCAACUGCAGCGGGAUGGUCGUUGGUUCCCAACCUAUAAGGGUAAGCCCGUCAAAGACACCAGUGAGGCCAAGAAUCACUCGACCACCAUCGACAAACUAGAAAGAGACCCGACUAGCUGGUGUUUCAGAGGAGAGAUGACUGCAAACAUUUCAUUUCCUUCAGUAAUUUUUUUCCAAUUAUCUUUACGUAUUAGAACAGUUAAUCUCCAGUUAUGUUAGUGGCUGGGAACGCUAUGAUCCUGCCUCUGAAUUUGAAGUUCUUGUUAGGCUUUCUGUUGUUUUGACUGAGAUACUUCCAUUUGUUUCAUCAUCUUUCUCUCUAAGGGAUUUUUGGAGCAUUUGGUUUUGAAA